UGCGAAACUAACCAAAUCAUGUGGCAAAUUAAGGAAUUUAGAUGCCCAGUGGUUUGACUCCGUUGUCACAAAUGGUGUCGAAGAGUUUAAGCAUGAAUCAAUGUUGCAGAUCGCCAAAUUGAUUGGGGAAAUGGAAGUUUCAAAGAAAGCAAUGAUAAUUGAUAUUGCAAAUAAAACGUGUGUGGUAGAUCGACCCUGGAGACCAUCUGGGGACCCUGAAGAGGAUACAAAUGCUCUCAUCUAUGAUGUCGAAAAGGAAUACCGUGAUUUUCUCGUAUCGGAAUCCUCGAAACUCUACCGUGCUUUACGAUCCAAAGCAGACGAGCUGAAAACUGCCCAUCGAGCCGAGGAACGAUCUUUGGAGCUUAUUGAGUCUCUAGCCAGAACUUUAGAUAGAGUUUGA